AUGGCGACCGCCGUCGUCCUCAAGAUGGAGUUGCACUGCCGUCGUUGCGUGGGCAGGAUCCGCAAGCUUAUCAGGAGCCUGCACGGGGUGCAGGACGUGUGGGUGUCGCUGGAGACGGGGCUCGUGGUGGUCGCCGGGCCGUUCCUCGACGCGUCGCUGCUCAGGUGGCGGAUCCAGUACAUGACGGGGAAGCCCGUCGAAGUCGUGAGCGACGGCGCGCCGGAGGAGCCGUCGCCGGACAACGGGCAGAUGGUGCACCUGGGGCCGCCGCAGACGGGGUACGGCGGGUACCCGUACGGCGGCUACUACUACGGCGGCGGCGGCUGGGUGCCCGAGUACCACGCGCGCCGCCAGUACGUGCCUAACGAGGCGCCGGUGUGCUUCAACGACGACAACCCCAACGGCUGCUGCGUCAUGCAGUGA